AUGCCAGGCACUGUCAAGACUGUCGGGAAGAAGCAGCCCUCUAAAGCUACGGCUAACACCAUUGCAAAAACGGCAACAAUAGCGUCUACAAAGAGGAAGAAAUCUGUCGAGGAUGAAGCCGAUAAUCGUAAAAUGAAGAAGACGAAGGGAAAGGAGAAAGUGCAGGGGCAAGAAGAGGAGCAAGGGUCUACCAUAAAAUUACCCCUGUCUUCCCAGAAGCAUGAGUCGAAGGGGGAGAAGAGUGGUGUGAAGGAGAAACGGAGGAAAGAGGAGAAACGAGCAGAUGUAUCGAAAACGGAGACUGCGAAAACGAAAACGCCUGUUGAAGCUAAGAGGAAGGCGACAAAGAAAAUCUCAACGCCGUCUCUACAGACUUCAGGAUCUGAGGAUGAUGAUGCUGAAGAAGGGGUCGAAGAUGAAGAAUCUGAGGGCGAGAAAAGUGAAAAUGAUCAGGGGGAAGACGAUGAAGGGAAGAGCGAAUCUGAAGUGGAGGAGGAAUGGCAACCUUUGCACGGCUUCUCUUCUGGGUCCGACUCAUCUGACGAAGAUGAAGACGACGUAGAUAAAGCGCCUGUGGAUGUUGCGAAGCUCCCAACUGUUGCGAAAGAUGACGCAACUGUGAAGCGGAAACUUGAGAAAGCGAAGAAGCAGGCUACGGCUGAUAGGGGGGUUAUAUAUCUGGGGCGUAUACCACAUGGAUUCUACGAAGACCAGAUGAAAGGGUACUUCUCGCAAUUUGGCGACGUCACUCGUCUACGUCUAUCGCGGAAUAAAAAGACUGGCCGCUCAAGACACUAUGCAUUCAUCGAGUUCUCUUCCGCAGCGGUCGCACAGAUCGUUGCGGAGACGAUGGACAACUAUCUGCUCAUGGGACAUAUUUUACGUUGUAAAGUCGUCCCGAAGGAGGAGGUACAUCCUGCGCUUUGGAUUGGGGCUAAUAGGAAAUACAGGAAGGUACCAAUGGAUAGGAUUGAGAGGAUGCAGCAAAAUAAAGAGAGGUCGGACGAACAAAAGAAACAUGUCGAGAAACGGUUGGUGAAACGUGAGAAACAAAAGAAAAGAAAGUUACAGGCAUCAGGGAUUGAUUACGACUUUGGAGCGAUUUCAUAUUCGAAAAAGGUUAAGCAGACUGCUUAA